ACAUAAGAGUCGACAUCGGAUUCGUGCGGUCACUCGAAGGACAGUCACUCAAAGGACAGUCACUCGAAGGACAGUCAGUCCGACAGUGACUCCAAAGAAGACAAUUCAAUGAUGGAUAAGUUGACCAAAAUAUUUGCCAAAAAUUUCAAAUUCAAUGAAAGCGAGCAAAAAGUAGACGUCGAGAAAGUGUUGGAUGAGACCACUGUUGAUGGUGUCGUCAAAUACAUGAAAAGUGGUAAAUGCAAGAACAUUGUGGUUAUGGUGGGCGCCGGCAUCUCAACCGGAGCCGGAAUUCCUGAUUUCCGGAGUCCGGGAAGUGGUCUUUACGACAAUCUAUCCAAAUAUAAACUUCCGUCACCUGAAUGUAUGUUUGAUAUCGGCUUCUUUCGGGUA